AUGGCUACAACGCUGUGCUCGAUACUGGUUCGCAAGCUCUUCACGGGCCGGCUGCUGUUCUGGGCGCAGCAGCAGCGUUACAUGCACAGCGUGCGGCGCACUCUGGAGCGCUACAAGUUGGAGCGGGCCAACUCUUGGCGGCGCCGGUGCGGCCUGCAGCCCGUGUACCCGCCGCUGUACAGGCUGCAGCGUUUCAUAAGUCGAGUGUUGUGCGCUUCCUUCUGCGCCUGCUGCCACAAAGGACGCCUGGACAGGGCCGACUUCCAGGGCGGAGGACGGUUACUGAAGUCCUUGCAGCCGAGCACGUUCGAGAACAGAGUGCUCAAGAGCUUUCUGGGCUUCUGCGCCGGUGCGCUGCUCACCGUGCUCCUCAACCUGGUCCUCGUGCGAAUAUAUCAAACGACCAGUUUCCUUCUCUUCCUGGUCGUGUUCGCUUGCGGAACGUUCCUGAUGCUCGGAGCUGCCUUCUCGGACACCGUCCGAUGCCUCAUUCUGCUCACUUUGCCUCAGCUGUUCUCCAGAGAAGGCCGGCUGGCGCUGAUGGCGUACAUCUACUUUCUGGUGUUGACGGGUCCCGCUGAGAACUUCGCGGCCAACGUGGAGGUCCUGUCGCGGGGCCUCAGCUGUGGUCAAGAGAAAGUGGCCAACGAGACGCGACGAAUGCUCGAGGUGGCCACCUCCCCUCUCAAAGUCGCUGCAAUCCGCCGAGCCAUCCGGUGGCUGCACAACCUGGUGAACGUGUGCAACCGUCGCAUGGGCGAGCCUUACGAGAAGUGCCGGAAGCCGCUGGUGGACGCAUACGCCGACUGCCUGGAAAUGAUGCCGGACCUUCUCGAGUGGAUCUGCUCGCCCGUCAAAGUGAUCGAGCACGUCUGUUACGUAGCGAAAGUGAUCACCGUCCUCUGCGCGAUACCUGCUAUCAUUAUCGACUUCGUCAAGGUGCAAGUAAUCGACAGGAUCGAGCGAGCGAUGCGCACUUUCCUCGAUCGUGUGUACACGGCCUUCUACGUGAACGUUACGGUGACACACGAGUACAACUACAGCCUCGAGCUCAGCCGCACUCCAGCAGAGGUGCGAAGUCACGUGCUGGGAGAACUGCACUCGCGUGUCGCCAUCUUUGCCGCUCUCUUCAGGUUGCUUAGCAACGGGGUCUUGGUCGGAUUUCUCUACGUCGCGUACGGGGCGAUGCAGUACCGUUACCGGUACAUGAGAGAAGAUGACUUCGACAAUUACUACAUCACCUGGUUGGUAGAAGCCGUCGACAAGCGCCGGGCGCUCAAGGGUCUCGAGACCCUCUUGCCGCUGAAGACGUACGAGAGGCGCAGCUUCGUGGCUCCUUUCUCGGCACGCAUGACUCGCCGCGAGCUGCAGGGUCUGUGGGAGCACCUCUGGACGCUCGCCAUCAGUGCCGCGCACACGGCCGUCGCCCUGCUUCUGGACUACACUCUCUAUCGGCUCGUCGCGUUCGUCAGGGCCCUCGGCAAGAUCAAUGUCAGCGCUGGACGUGUGGUGUACCUGCUGGGGAUAGCCUUAAUCGUGGGCCAGACGUACGGGCUUCGGCUUCGUCACGUGGUGGCGUCCGCCUUCUACCCAGACCGGGAGCGCGCCCGGGCUGCCUGGCUGCACCAGCACGUGCUCUCGCUGCGCACCGGUUGGCUGACGGGGGCGCGCAGGGCGCUCCGGCUGCGCUGGGACGCCAGCGAGGCCAGGGCGCCCGGCCUGGUUGACAUGCUCCUCGCACGGUUUCCUGUGGUCCGCAGAGCGUUGAACCUCGUCGGCAUACGUCGGAAGCACUGCCUCUCCUGUGGAACUUCAGGCGCAAUGGACGACGAACAAGGAUUCCGCCAGUGUGCGACACCGACCUGCAGGGCCGUCUACUGCGUGGAGUGCUUCGAGGAACUCGACAACGUGUGCACGGUGUGCUUGAACCCGGCUGAAUACGGGGACCUGUCCGACGUCAGCGAAGAAAAGGACUCUAGUGAAGUGGAGUGUGACGAAGGCGACUCGAGCGAGUCCGAUGAAUUCGAGACGAUUCGAGACUUUCUUCGACGUCGGUCUUCCGCCACUGUUCGCAUUGUUGAAAGCACUUCGGAUGCGGGAACACCGCGGCCAUUGCAAUUCUUGGACGUGUGA